GCAGCUUGCGACCACAGACUACGGACCGUUCCUGCAGAACGAGCCCUCACCCAUGUCGACCUCCACGCUGUCGGCGCGGUGCACCGACGCGCUGGUUCAGGAGUUCCAGUUCCUGCAGCAGAACUCGGCCGAGCCGAUCUCAAAGUUCCUUGACUAUAUCACAUACGGGUACAUGAUCGACAACGUGAUCCUGCUGAUUACAGGCACGCUGCAUGAACGCGACACCCACGACCUGCUGGACAAGUGCCAUCCGCUCGGGUUCUUCGACACGAUGCCUGCGCUGUGCGUGGCGACGACCGUCCAGGAGCUGUACAACACAGUGAUGGUGGACUCGCCGCUGGCGGGGUAUUUCCGCGAGUGCCUGUCAGCAGAGGAUCUGAACGAGCUGAACAUCGAGAUCAUCCGCAACACGCUCUACAAGGCAUAUCUGGAGGACUUUAACAGGUACUGCGAGACGCUGGGCGAUCCGACGGCGUCGGUGAUGGGCGAGGUGCUAAAGUUUGAGGCCGACCGCCGGACGGUCAACAUUACGAUCAAUUCGUUCGGCACCGAGCUGUCCAAGGAGGAGCGCGCGAAGCUGUACCCGCGCCUAGGCAACAUGUACCCCGAGGCGCAGACAAAGCUGGCCCGCGUCGACGACAUGGACCAGGUGAAGGCUGUGCUGGAGCAGUACAGCGAGUACCGGAUGAUGCUGGCUGGUGUCAAUCUGAAUGCGUCGUCAGGUGGUGCUGGUGGCAAUGAUCUGUCGCUGGAGGACCGGUUCUUUGCGCGCGAGGUCCAGCUCAACAAAGAGUCGUUUGAGCAGCAGUUCCACUACGGUGUGUUCUACUCGUGGCUUCGCCUGAAGGAGCAGGAGAUCCGCAACAUCGUGUGGAUUGCCGAGUGCAUCUCCCAGCAGCAGAAGGACAAGGUCGGAAACUACACUGCCAUCUACUAAACACCAUAUAUAACCACCUAUAUUCCCCAUAUCAGCUUUGGCGCUCUGGCUCCCCUCAGACCUGUUGCCUUUUCUUACCUAGUAUCAAUUUCUCUAACGUUUUCUUAAUGUGGAACACUACCAUCGUA